AUGUCUGGGGCUCUUGGUCAUGGUUCCUAUCGUUCAGUGGUGGCGGGGACGCAGAAUGCCUCUCAACGCUUGACGUUCUAUCCCUGCGCCUAUGAGUUGAUUCAAUUACGUAGAGUGAAUAAAGAGGUUAUACGCCAUUUUUAUGUAAGGGAUAAAAUUUUCGACAACAAAUUUCCAGGAACUGCACUUGCUAAUGGUCUCUUCAAAUUCGUCCCAAAUCGACGUGAAAGUUAUCAUAUACGUGAAGUGAUGGAGUCCAUUCGCCGUCGUUCAAUAUGGAUGCAUCGCAUUCAAAAACAACGAGAGGUAAAUGCGAAAGUAGCGGAAGGGUUAGAAAAGCAAUACGGUAAAGAAGCGGCAGCGUCUAUGCUUUCAUUUGCAACUCCCGAUUCGGAUGCUUAUUUUAACCCCCAACGUUAUCAAAAUGUUGCGAAUGCGUGGCCAAACUACUGGCAACAUCCUAGCGCUUGUCAUGUAGUCCCGAAGCCCCGUUGGCGUCGUGUCCCAGAAUUGGGUGGUAUUACACGUGUACAGGAUCCUUUAACAGAGCAGGCGAAUGACUACUAG